UCUGGUUAGGGUUCUCAUCUUCUUCUUCUUCUUCACUUGGCCGGUAUGCUGUCUAUUCCUUCCUCUGCAACAUCUACAUCAUAUUGAUUAUCAGAUCUGAGAAUCCCUGGGAAAGUCUGUGGCGUGUUUGAAGGAAGAGAAGAGUUUCAGAGAUGAGUAAGCUUCAGAGUGAUGCUCUUAGAGAAGCCAUCUCAACCAUUAAGGCCCAGUCCUCAGAGAAGAAGCGGAAUUUCACUGAGACAAUUGAACUUCAAAUUGGACUGAAGAACUAUGACCCUCAGAAAGACAAGCGUUUCAGUGGUUCCGUCAAGCUGCCUCACAUUCCGCGACCAAAGAUGAAAAUAUGCAUGCUUGGAGAUGCUCAACACGUUGAGGAGGCAGAGAAGAUUGGUUUGGAUUAUAUGGAUGUGGAAGGGUUGAAGAAGCUUAACAAGAAUAAGAAGCUUGUUAAGAAACUUGCCAAGAAGUACCAUGCCUUUUUGGCAUCUGAAUCUGUCAUCAAGCAGAUUCCCCGUCUCCUUGGACCUGGUCUCAACAAAGCAGGAAAGUUUCCAACUCUUGUUACUCACCAGGAAUCCCUGGAGUCUAAGGUGAAUGAAACCAAGGCAACAGUUAAGUUCCAAUUGAAGAAGGUGCUUUGCAUGGGUGUUGCUGUUGGGAAUGUUGGAAUGGAAGAGAAGCAGAUUUUCCAGAACGUGCAAAUGAGUGUCAACUUUCUCGUUUCAUUGCUGAAGAAAAACUGGCAAAACGUGAGGUGCCUCUACUUGAAGAGCACGAUGGGGACUCCUAAUCGCGUUUUCUAAGUGGUUUUUACGUAUUUUAGUGAUGGACAUUUGUGUUGUGGGAUUAAUUCUCCUUUUUCCAUUUUGUUUCUUGGAAUGUUGAUGUUAUAAAUGACCUUGAUCAAAGUUUUGUUAGACUGAUGAGAAUCCGGCUUUUAUUUAUUUUCCAGUUUCCUAUUGAAAUGUUAUUCCAGUCCACUUCACAUUUUAUUGUAUAUGCAUUUUAAACCUUGACAGUAUUGUAUGGAUAAAUGUGUCUGACGAGG